AUGUCACUUUCAGAUAAAGAAUUAUACGAAUUAAAUAAAAAAGCUGUUACGGAUAGUUUUAAAAUUAAACCAAGAAUAAAUUAUAAUACAGUUGGGGGUGUUAAUGGGCCUUUGGUUAUAUUAGAUAAUGUAAAAUUCCCAAGAUAUAACGAAAUUGUUAAUUUAACAUUGCCAGAUGGAUCAAUAAGACAAGGUCAAGUUCUAGAAGUUAGGGGUUCAAAAGCCAUUGUUCAAGUCUUUGAAGGUACUUCAGGUAUUGAUGUUAAAAAGACAAGAGUUGAAUUUACUGGUGAAAAUUUAAAAAUACCAGUUUCUGAAGAUAUGUUGGGUAGAAUAUUUGAUGGUUCAGGUAGACCAAUUGAUAAAGGUCCUAAAAUAUUCGCAGAAGAAUAUUUAGAUAUUAAUGGGUCGCCAAUUAAUCCAUAUGCAAGAAUCUAUCCUGAAGAAAUGAUUUCAACAGGUAUAUCAGCAAUUGAUACCAUGAAUUCAAUUGCAAGAGGACAAAAAAUUCCAAUUUUUUCAGCUUCUGGUUUACCACAUAAUGAAAUUGCUGCUCAAAUUUGUAGACAAGCAGGAUUAGUUAGACCUACAAAAGAUGUUCAUGAUGGUCACGAAGAAAAUUUCUCAAUUGUUUUUGCUGCUAUGGGGGUCAAUUUAGAAACAAGUAGAUUUUUUAAACAAGACUUUGAAGAAAACGGCUCAUUAGAAAGAACAAGUUUGUUUUUAAAUUUAGCAAAUGAUCCUACCAUUGAAAGAAUUAUAACACCGAGAUUAGCUUUAACUACUGCCGAAUAUUUAGCUUAUCAAACUGAAAGACAUGUUUUAACAAUUUUGACUGAUAUGAGUUCUUAUGCUGAUGCUUUGAGAGAAGUUUCAGCUGCUAGAGAAGAAGUUCCAGGUAGAAGAGGUUACCCAGGUUAUAUGUAUACAGAUUUAUCUACUAUAUAUGAAAGAGCUGGUAGAGUUGAAGGUAGAAAUGGGUCAAUUACUCAAGUUCCAAUUUUAACCAUGCCUAAUGAUGAUAUUACACAUCCAAUUCCUGAUUUGACUGGUUAUAUUACUGAAGGACAAAUUUUUGUUGAUAGACAAUUAUCAAAUAGAGGUAUUUACCCUCCAAUCAAUGUUUUACCAAGUUUGAGUAGAUUAAUGAAAAGUGCCAUUGGUGAAGGUAUGACCAGAAAGGAUCAUGGUGAUGUAUCAAAUCAAUUAUAUGCGAAAUAUGCCAUAGGUAAAGAUGCUGCAGCUAUGAAAGCGGUUGUCGGUGAAGAAGCUUUAUCAACUGAAGAUAAAUUGAGUUUAGAAUUUUUGGAAAAAUUUGAAAAGAAUUUUAUUAGUCAAGGUGCUUAUGAAAAUAGAUCUAUUUUUGAAUCCUUGGAUAUUGCAUGGAGUUUAUUAAGAAUUUACCCUAAAGAAAUGUUAAAUAGAAUCAGUCCAAGGAUUUUGGAUGAAUUUUAUGGCAGAGAAAGAGAAGGUGAUGAUGACGAAGAGGACGAUCCUGAUAAAAAUGGUGAUUUGAUUGAUACAUAG